UCCACCCACCUCCGGGCGACCCGGAAGUUGUACGCGAGACGCCGCUUUCCCUCUCCCACAAUACCUCGCGCUCUUCCUUUCCAACCCGGGCCCGGCAGAAUGGCUCCCGCGAAGAAGGGUGGCGAGAAGAAGAAGGGCCGUUCUGCCAUCAACGAGGUAGUGACCCGAGAAUACACCAUCAACAUUCACAAGCGCAUCCAUGGAGUGGGAUUCAAGAAGCGUGCCCCUCGGGCACUCAAAGAGAUCCGGAAGUUUGCUAUGAAGGAGAUGGGAACCCCAGAUGUGCGCAUUGACACCAGGCUUAAUAAAGCUGUCUGGGCCAAAGGAAUAAGGAAUGUUCCAUACCGUAUCCGUGUGCGGUUGUCCAGAAAACGUAACGAGGAUGAAGAUUCACCAAACAAGCUCUAUACGUUGGUUACCUACGUACCUGUCACCACUUUCAAAAAUCUACAGACCGUUAAUGUGGAUGAGAACUAAUUGCUGAUUGUCAAAUAAAG